UAUUCGCGUUUUCAGAAAGCAAUUGAAACUGCACUUUAUUCAUAGUUAAUGUGUUUUGCUCUUGGUUGAUCUAUUUUUAACAUGUUUUCUUCAAGAACACUACAGUUUCUAACUACGGGAACAAAAUACUUGUAGUUGAUGUUACUGCUUUCAUGAGAGAAGUCUUCAAAUAAAAUGGAAGUAGAAACUAAUGUGACAAAUAUUACAAACAGUUCAGUUACUCAAACAUACAUUGCUUCUGCUUACAAUCUCAAUCAGGAAGAUAGCAAUUGGAUUGUGACAAAUUCUUUUAUAAUUUUUACUAUGCAAACGGGAUUUGGUAUGUUAGAAUCUGGAUGUGUUUCUUUAAAAAAUGAAGUUAACAUAAUGAUGAAAAAUGUAGUAGACAUAGUACUUGGUGGAUUGACUUAUUGGGCAUUUGGUUUUGCUAUGAGUUUUGGGUCAAAUAGAUUAACUAAUCCUUUUAUUGGUAUGGGCGAAUUUUUGAUAGAUCCUUCUAUAAACGACAAACUUAUGGGUCCAAAAUGUGCUGCAUUUUUGUUCCAAUUAAGCUUUGCAACAACUUCAACCACAAUCGUCAGUGGGGCUAUGGCCGAACGAUGCAAUUUUAAAGCAUACUGCUUAUUUUCCUUCUUAAACACUAUUGUAUAUUGUGUGCCAGCUGGAUGGAUAUGGAGUGAUCAUGGGUUCUUACAAAAAUUAGGUGCUGUUGACAUUGCUGGUUCAGGAGCAGUUCAUCUUGUUGGGGGCACUUCUGCACUUGCAUGUGCCAUUAUGUUAGGACCAAGACUAGGCAGAUAUGACAAUGGAACUGAUCCAUUACCUCUUGGAUGUCCAGUUAAUGCUAUAAUGGGUUUAUUUGUACUUUGGUGGGGAUGGUUAGCUUUCAAUAGUGGUAGUACUUAUGGUGUUAGUGGACAACGAUGGCAAUAUGCUGCUAGAUCAGCAAUUUCAACCAUGUUAGCUAGCAUGGGAGGUGGUUUAAUUGGAUUAGGUUUUAGUUUAUGUAAUUCAAAUGGAAUUGAUAUUCUGAGUCAAAUAAAUGGUAUCCUUGGUGCACUGGUUGCAGUUACAGGCGGUUGUUUCCUUUAUAGAGCCUGGGAAGCUAUAUUUAUUGGAAUGGUUGGUGCUUUCAUCACAUGCUUCAUAAUGCCACUACUAGAUAAAAUGCAUAUUGAUGACCCUGUUGGAGCUAGUGCAACACACGGUGCAAGUGGAAUGUGGGGAAUCAUUGCUGUUGGUCUAUUUGCAGACAACCCAUAUCCUCUUAAUACUACUAAGGGAAGGAAAGGGCUGUUCAAAGGAGGAGGUUGGUACUUAUUAGGCAUACAAUGUUUAGCUGUUAUAUGUUUAAUGUUUUGGAGUUUUCUUACAUCUGUAAUUUUAUUGUGGUUUAUUAACAAAAUUAUACCAAUUAGAAUGGGUGUUCAAGAUGAACUUCUAGGUGCAGAUUUAGUAGAGCAUCGAAUAAGACAUAUGCAGAUCGGAGUAAGCAGAGCUAUGUCCGCUCUUCGUCCACUUUCUCAAGAACAUGAGUUAAAAAACGUGCAUCCUGUAGGAAUCAACCCAGGUCACGAUUCAUAUAUCGAAAAAUACAGUCGCAAAAAUCGCUUGAAAUACAAAAAACGGUUUUCUAUUGGAAAGAAGUUGUCGAAAAUCCCUCAAACAAAUACAAUUACUGAUAUUGUAUUGAAUGGAAAUAAUAAGCCAAAUUUCGCUUGGAUGGAUUAAUAGUUGUUAAUACUUUAUA